UCGAGCAGGGUUAAAGGACCUGACUAAAGUAGAAGUAGAUAUUCGCUUUUCAUUAUGAGAAGCUCGACGUAGGCAACGACUUUAAAGAAAGGGAAGAUAUUUAAUAUACAAAUACAACGAAACUGCCAUGCACAUCUUACUCGGAUGCCCUAUAUAAACGCUUCCUCUGGACAAAAUGCAUUUCCAACGGAACUAUUACCAAGGACAAGGGGCUUGAAUGAAAUAUUUUUUGCUGAAUGAAAAUAUAUUUAAAAAUUAUCUCGACAGAGACAAAGAAGUACAGAAAUGGCUGACAGAACCGCUCCGAAUUGUCACCUACGACUUGAGUGGGUGUACGGAUACCGGGGACAUCAGUGCCGCAACAACCUGUACUAUACCGCGGCCAAGGAAAUAGUCUACUUUGUCGCCGGCGUGGGAGUUGUGUAUAACACAAGAGAACACAAGCAAAAAUUUUACUUGGGUCACAACGAUGACAUAAUCAGUCUAGCUCUCCAUCCGGAGCGCGUGCUCGUAGCGACGGGCCAGGUGGGGAAGGAGCCUUACAUCUGUGUGUGGGACUCCUACACCGUCCAGACUGUGUCCAUCCUGAAGGACGUCCACUCACACGGCAUCGCCUGCUUGGCCUUCGACCUGGAGGGACAGUGUCUGGUCUCAGUGGGCCUCGACUCGAAGAACACUAUAUGUGUGUGGGACUGGAGGAGAGGAAGAGUCCUGGCUGCUGCCCCUGGCCACACCGACCGGAUAUUUGACAUAUCGUGGGAUUUGUAUCAGCCCAGCAAGCUUGUCAGCUGUGGUGUCAAACAUAUCAAGUUCUGGAGCUUGUGUGGCAACGCUCUGACCCCCAAACGAGGCGUCUUUGGCAAAACGGGAGACCUCCAGACAAUCCUCUGCCUCGCCUGCGCCAAGGACGAGGUCACGUACUCUGGUGCCUUGAACGGAGACAUCUACGUGUGGAAGGGCAUCACUCUGCUGCGUACGGUCCAGGGAGCACACGGGUCAGGGAUCUUCAGCAUGAACGCCUGUGAGGAGGGCUUCGCUACCGGGGGGCGCGACGGCUGUGUGCGUCUCUGGGACCUCAGCUUCAAACCCAUCACUGUCAUGGACCUCAGGGAGACCGAUCAAGGAUAUAAAGGGCUGUCGGUCCGCAGUGUGUGCUGGCGGGGGGACCACAUCCUGGUGGGCACCCAGGACAGCGAGAUCUUUGAGGUGGUGGUGCACGAUCGCACCAAGCCUUUCCUCAUCAUGCAGGGUCACUGCGAGGGCGAGCUGUGGGCGCUCGCCGUCCACCCCACCAAGCCCCUGGCCAUGACCGGCAGUGACGACCGCUCUGUCAGGAUAUGGAGUCUGAUCGACCACGCGCUGAUCGCUCGCUGCAACAUGGAGGAGCCGAUCCGCUGCGCUGCCGUGAGCACUGAUGGGAUCCACCUGGCUCUGGGCAUGAAGGACGGCUCCUUCACCGUCCUCAGGGUCAGGGACAUGACAGAGGUGGUCCACAUAAAGGACAGGAAGGAGGCCAUCCAUGAGCUGAAGUACUCACCUGACGGAGCUCACCUGGCCGUGGGCUCCAACGACAACUCGGUGGACGUGUACGGGGUGGUGCAGAGGUACAAGAAGGUGGGGGAGUGCAUCGGCUCCUGCAGCUUCAUCACUCACAUGGACUGGUCCACCGACAGCAAGUACCUGCAGACCAACGACGGCAGCGGCAGGAGACUCUUUUACAGGAUGCCAAGCGGUAAGGAAAUCGCCAACCGUGAGGAUCUGAAGAUGGUGCAGUGGUCGUCCUGGACGUGUGUGUUGGGUCCCGAGGUUAACGGGAUCUGGCCUAAAUACUCAGAGAUCAACGACAUCAACUCUGUGGAUGCAAACUUCAAUAACCAAGUUUUAGUGACGGCGGACGACUACGGAUUAGUGAAACUUUUGCGAUACCCGUGUAUAAGAAAAGGUGCAAAAUUUAAAAAGUAUUUAGGUCACUCUGCCCAUAUAACCAACGCCAGGUGGUCACAUGACUACCAGUGGGUGAUAACCAUUGGUGGAGCUGACCACUCUGUGUUCCAGUGGAAGUUUGUUCCGGAGAGAAAAUCGAAAGAAGCGCUCCACAUAGCACCUCAAGAGAGCCUGGCGGACUCCAACAGCGAGGAGUCGGACUCGGACCAGUCGGACGUGCCGGAGAUGGACUCAGAGAUCGAACAGGAGACGCAGCUCACAUACAGGAGACAGGUUUACAAAGAAGAUCUACCUCAGCUCAAAGAGCAGUGCAGAGAGAAGCACCGAGCGCUGGCCAUGAAGAAGAGGGAGCGGGCGCCAGGAAGUGGCGUCAAACUCCACUUCAUCCAUGGCUACAGAGGCUACGACUGCCGUAGCAACCUGUUCUACACUCAGACGGGGGAGAUCGUGUACCACGUGGCGGCUGUGGGUGUGGUCUACAACCGUCAGCAGAACACCCAGCGCUUCUACAUGUGCCACGACGACGACAUCUUGUGCUUGGCCAUCCACCCCCUCAAGGACUACGUCGCUACCGGCCAGGUUGGCAGAGACUCCUCCAUUCACAUAUGGGACACAGAGGUUCUGAAGCCCAUGUCAGUGUUGAAAGGAUCCCACCAGCUGGGAGUGUGUGCACUGGACUUCUCAGCGGAUGGUAAACGCCUGGCCUCUGUAGGACUGGAUGACAACCACACCAUUGUCCUGUGGGACUGGAGGAAGGGAGAGAAGCUCUCUGCCAUAAGGGGAAGCAAGGACAAGAUUUUUGUUGUUAAAAUCAAUCCAUACAUGGCAGACAAGCUCAUUACAGCCGGCGUUAAGCACAUGAAGUUUUGGCAUAAAGCCGGUGGGGGUCUGAUUGGUCGUAAGGGCAACAUGGGGAAGACGGAGACCAUGAUGUGUGCGGUGUACGGCUGGACGGAGGAGACGGUGUUCUCGGGCACGUGCACUGGAGACAUCUGCAUCUGGAGAGACAUGUUCCUGGUGAAGACCGUGAAGGCCCACGACGGGCCCGUGUUCAGCAUGCACGCCCUGGAGAAGGGCUUCGUGACCGGGGGAAAGGACGGCAUCGUGGCUCUCUGGGACGACACCUUCGAGAGGUGCCUGAAGACCUACGCCAUCAAGAGAGCCGUUCUGGCGCCCGGCUCCAAAGGGUUGCUGCUGGAGGAUAACCCUUCCAUACGGGCCAUAUCCCUGGGUCACGGCCAUAUCCUUGUGGGAACCAAGAACGGGGAGAUCCUGGAGGUGGAUAAAAGCGGACCCAUUACCCUGCUAGUCCAGGGCCACAUGGAGGGCGAGGUGUGGGGCCUGGCCACUCACCCCCACCUCCCGCUGUGUGCCACCGUCAGCGACGACAAGACGCUGCGCAUCUGGGACCUCUCCCCCAGUCACUGCAUGCUGGCCGUACGCAAGCUCCGCAAGGGGGGGCGCUGUUGCUGCUUCUCCCCCGACGGCAAGGCCCUGGCCGUGGGCCUGAACGACGGCAGCUUCCUGAUCGUCAACGCAGACACCCUGGAGGAUCUGGUGUCCUUCCACCAUCGCAAGGACGUCAUCUCCGACAUCCGGUUCUCUCCAGGCGCUGGGAAGUACCUAGCGGUGGCGUCUGGCGACAGCUUCGUGGACAUCUACAACGUGAUGAGCAGUAAGAGAGUGGGCGUGUGCAAGGGGUCGCUCAACAACAUCACCCACCUGGACUGGGACAAAAGAGGAAAAUUACUGCAAGUCAACACCGGUGCUAAGGAGCAAUUAUUUUUCGAGGCGCCCCGCGGCAAGAGGCAGACUAUUCCCUCAACGGAGGUGGAGAAGAUCGACUGGAGCACAUGGACUUGUGUCUUGGGGGCGUCCUGUGAGGGCAUCUGGCCUGUGGUCAGCGAGGUGACUGAGGUGACCUCCGCCUGCCUUACCAGUGACAGGAAGGUGCUAGCGACAGGGGACGACCUGGGAUACGUCAAGCUGUUCAGGUACCCAGUCAAGGGGAAGUAUGCAAAGUUCAAGCGCUACGUAGCUCACAGCACCCAUGUGACCAACGUGCGGUGGACCCAUGACGACGGUCUCCUGGUAACGGUUGGCGGCGGCGACACGUGCCUGAUGAUCUGGAGCCACGAGGCUGAGGGUCACCGCGUGGCCAGGCACUGUGACAGCGAGGAGUCGGACAUCGAGAGUGAAGAUGACGGGGGCUACGACAGCGACGUGACCAGGGAGAAUGAGAUCAACUACACCAUCAAGGCCUUAUCCACCAACGUCCGCCCCAUGACCGGGGUGAAGCCCCACAUGCAGCUGAAGGAGCCGUCUGUGGAUGAGAGGCAGGGGGUGGUCAGAGGGUCAAGACCUCCAGUCAGCAGGGCCCUGCCUCAGCCAGAGAAGCUACAGACCAACAACGUGGGCAAGAAGAAGAGACCCAUUGAGGACCUGGUGCUGGAUCUGGUUUUCGGUUACCGCGGCAACGACUGUCGCAACAACGUUCACUACCUGAAUGAUGGGGCGGAUAUCAUCUACCACACAGCCUCAGUGGGGGUCGUCCUCAACCUGACGACAGCCUGCCAAAGCUUCUAUCUAGAACAUAGCGAUGACAUUCUGUGCCUGACUAUCAAUCAACACCCCAAGUUUCCCAACGUCGUGGCGACUGGCCAAGUAGGUGACAUAGGGGACAUGUCAGCUACAUCUCCCUCUAUUCACGUGUGGGACGCCACCAGCAAGCAGACGCUGUCCGUGCUGCGGUGCUUCCACUCCAGGGGGGUGUGCUCGGUCAGCUUCAGCGCCACGGGCAAGCUGCUGCUGUCGGUGGGUCUGGACCCCGAGCACACCGUCACCAUCUGGAAGUGGCAGGAAGGUGCCAAAGUGGCCAGCCGCUCGGGCCACACCCAGAGGAUAUUCGUGGCUGAGUUCCGGCCGGACUCGGACACUCAGUUCGUGUCGGUGGGCAUCAAGAACGUGCGGUUCUGGACACUGGCUGGCCGCGCCCUGCUGAGCAAGAGGGGGGUGAUGAGCUCUGUCGAGGACGCUCGCAUGCAGACCAUGCUCGCGGUCGCGUUCGGAGCUAAUAACUUGACAUUUACAGGUACCAUUAGUGGGGAUGUGUGUGUGUGGAAGGAACACGUUCUAGUGAGAGUAGUGGCCAAAGCCCACACAGGUCCUGUGUUCACCAUGUACACCACGCUCAGAGACGGACUCAUCGUCACCGGAGGCAAGGAGAGACCGUCCAAGGAAGGAGGAGCUCUGAAGCUGUGGGACCAGGAACUGAAGCGCUGCAGAGCCUUCAGACUGGAGACGGGACAGGUCAUCGACUGUGUCCGCUCCGUGUGCAGGGGCAAGGGGAAGAUCUUGGUUGGGACCAGGAACGCAGAGAUCAUCGAGGUGGGAGAGAAGAACGCAGCGUGCAACAUCCUGGUGAACGGACACAUGGACGGGCCCAUCUGGGGCGUGGGGGCCCACCCCACCAGGGACGUCUUCCUGUCCGCUGCAGAAGAUGGAACAGUCCGGCUGUGGGACAUCCCAGAGAAGAAGAUGCUCAACAAGGUGAACCUGGGCCACCCAGCGCGAGCCGUCAGCUAUAGCCCCGAGGGGGACAUGGUGGCCAUUGGCAUGAAGAACGGAGAGUUCAUCAUCCUGCUGGUGACCUCGCUCAAGAUCUGGGGGAAGAAGAGAGACAGACGCUCUCCCAUCCAGGACAUCAGGUUCAGUCCAGAUUCUCGCUACUUGGCUGUGGGUUCUACCGAGAGCGCGGUCGACUUCUAUGACCUGACUCUUGGGCCGCAGCUUAACCGUAUUAACUGCUGCAGGGACAUCCCCAGCUUUGUGAUGCAGAUGGAUUUCUCAGCCGACAGCUGCUAUGUCCAGAUUUCCACAGGUGCUUAUAAACGGCUGGUGUACGAGGUGCCGUCUGGAAAACAGGUCACAGAGCAGUCGGUUAUAGACAGGAUUACAUGGGCCACAUGGACAAGUGUGCUGGGGGACGAGGUUGUGGGGAUCUGGUCCAGGAACACGGACAAAGCCGAUGUCACCUGCGCCUGUGUAUCCCACUCUGGCCUCAACAUCGUCACUGGCGAUGACUUUGGAAUGGUAAAGCUGCUUGACUUUCCGUGUCAAGAAAAGUUUGCCAAACACAAACGCUUCCUGGGGCACUCUGCCCACUUAACCAACAUCCGCUUCACGAGCGGGGAUCGCUUCGUCAUCAGUGCCGGGGGAGACGACAGGAGCCUGUUUGUCUGGAGGUGUGUUCACGCUCCUCACUAGGAAACACACCUGGACACCCGCUCCACCGCCACAGGGGGCUGCAUGGGCUGCUUCCAGCAUGGCUACCCAGAGAGGAGACCCCGCAGUGGGACUGACGCAUGUCGAGAGGGGGGCGUCAGACCAGGCAGCUAAUAGAUAAGAGGUGACCUCACCCCAGGUGUGUAGACGCAGGAGCCUCAUUCCAGAGCUGGCUGUGUCUCUCCACGAGUCUGGGAGCUCACAGCCCCUGUCCACGAGUCUGGGAGCUCACAGCUCCUGUCGUUGCAACAUCUCCAUACAACUUCUUACAUUCAACCAGGUGGCUGAGCGGUUAGGGAAGCGGGUUAGUAAUCUGAAGGUUGCCAGUUCAAUUCCCGGCCGUGCCAGAUGACGUUGUGUCCUUGGGCAAGGCACUUCACCCUACUUGCCUCAGGGGGAAUGUCCCUGUACUUACUGUAAGUCGCGUCUGCUAAAUUACUAAAAUGUAAAUGUAACUUGUAUAACUUCCUCCCAUUUCUUCUGCACUUGAUUUUAAUGGUGGAUGACUUUUUUUAGGAUGAGUGUUUCUGUGUAAACGUUUGAAUGGCAGUUUUGCCAGUCGGUUUUUGUUGAAUGAAAAUAAAAAUAAAUUGAAUAAGCUGUAGCAAACUAAAUUAGCCUUAAUAUACAUUGGAGGGUAUAAAUGUUGAGGUUUGGAGUGAUCUGAAUUUUCUUUUUUUUUCUCGUAGUAAUUUUCUUUUUUACUUGUAGUUUCAACUCCUGUGGCCUUCUCCCUGAAUGUAACAUCCGCACUUAUGUUCCGGGUGUCAGCAUGCCAAAGCAUUCUAUGCACUGUACCUGACCUGGUCACUGUGUCGUCCUGAGAGGUCCUUUAUGUGACUACCUUGUCCUCUGGUUCAACCUCAAACUCCCUCAGCUGUGUGUGUUAUUCAAGUGUAGCGACCUUUAGCUUGUGCAGUAACCUUCCAUAACAUGUUGUGUGUACAUAGUCGUUUGAGGUUUUGUGUAUGUGUGUAUUGGACAUGCAUGGCUUCGUGAAAGACAAUCCUUGUCCAACCAAAUUCCUCUGAAAACAAAGGAAAAAAGCUGUUGUUUCAAUACACUGUUGCAUUUCUCCUUUGAUCAUUUUUCAGUGUGCUGCUACAGUAUGACAUAUUAAUAGCAUAUUUCAAAGUAUAUGUUUAAAAGGUUGUGGCUGUUUGUUCAAGGGUAAAAAAGAA